AUGGCACCCCAACCACCCCCCCAAUGCCCCGACGCCGACUUCAUGCUCUUCGGCCUCUCCACGAUCCUCCCCGCAACCCUAGGAGCUCGCGGAUCCCCACGCCACAAAGAGCAAGACCCCGACCUUCCAUUCACCUACGCCGAAAGCGACGACGACGCCGACGCCGACGCCGACGUCGAAAUGGGCCUUCUGGCCUCGACCCGGGCCUUCGGCAAUGAGUUCCGCGGAGGAGGGCCCGCCCCGCCCGGUGUAAGAUUCCAAGAGCACGAUCAGCCCACUGUGGCCUGGCGCUAUGUUUGUCCGCUGGUUGGAUUGUUCGUUCUGCUCUUCUGUGUGCUGGUUGUUGUGCCGGUGUUGGAGAUGAGUAAGCCUUAUAUGGAUGGGGAUUUGAAGCCGGCGAUUAAGAUGUAA